AUGUCCGGGCUGCACAUGUGGGCCCCAGGGCUCCUGUUCAUGUGGAAGCUGUUGUGGCUGCAGGUCCAGGCAGCUCACCCUCCAGAGUUGGCCCUGCACUCUGUCCUGGUGACCUCCAUCCCCUUGGGGCCCACCGAGCCCUGGUCUUGGAAUCAGGAAAAUCCUGCAAAGCUUGAACUUCCUUCACUCAGCCAUGAAGCCUCAGCUCUACCUGCAGAGGCCCCUGAGGUAACUUCUCCACAACCUCCUGAAGCUUCAGCUCUGCUUCCACUCCAACAAGAGGCCUCAGCUCAGUCUACAGUGUCCUUUGAGCCAGUGAAAUUCUUGUUAGUCCACCAGGGAUUUCCAGAUAAGCAGGUGCCCUACAUUGCACAGGAACCAUAUUCACUCCAGCAGAAGAGCUCAGCUCCGCCGCACGUGUACCUUGUCGCCAUACAAACUUCUCCAGACCAGCAGCAGGGUCCAGGUCAGCCUCUAACAUCCUCUGUAGAUGUUGAAACUCAACCUUCAGUACAUCAUGAGGAGACAGUUUCAUCACUAGGUUUGGGUGACGCUCAGCAUCCAGUGUUGCCUAUCAAUGUUAACUAUGUGGAUCUGGGAUAUUUGGUAACUUCAGGGUCCCCUAAGAAGAUUGUAUCAUCUACAGCUACCAAGAAGGUCUCAUCUGUUUCUCUAAAUUCCAGUAGUACUGGAGCCCAGCAGCAGACUACAAGUACUCUGCAGACAACCUCAUCUGUACCCACACUUCUAAAUUUGGGCCUGGGAGAUCUCAAAGCUGAGCCACAAGAACCAUCUGAGACAGUUCCUCCAAUGACUGAACAGAAUACCUCCAUGAACAUAUGUGAGCUCUGUACCUGCAAUAAUGGGACGCUGUCAUGUACUGGUCUCGACCCAAACAAGAAGCUCCAGAAAGUGCCUCUGCCAGAGUCCAUCAACCACAGUGGCUCCUUCACCGUCUUAAACUUGCAAGGAAACUCUAUUUCUUACAUUGGGAAAGAUACAUGGAAGUCAUACCAUUUGGUUGAGAGACUAAAUCUCAGUGGAAAUGAAUUGAAAGAAUUACACAAGGAUUCAUUUGAAGGCCUUCUUUCCCUCCAGUAUUUAGAUUUAUCCUGCAAUAAAAUAGAGUUUAUUGAAAGGAGUGCAUUUGAAUCACUACCUUUUUUGCAAUAUCUAAAUCUUGGUUGCAAUUCAGUGACAAAAGUGAGCUUUGGAACGUUUCAGGCCUGGCAUGGAAUGCAGUUUUUAAACAAGUUAAUUCUCAGUAAUAAUCCUCUGUCAGCUGUUCAAGAUCCAUAUCUUUUUAAUUUGCCAGCAUUAAAAUAUUUAGACAUGGGAGCAACACAGGUGUCACUUGCAACACUUGUUAACAUCCUCGUGAUGACCUCAAAAUUGGAAAAACUGAUCUUACCUAGCCGUUUGGCCUGUUGCCUCUGCAAAUUUAAACAUAAUAUUGAGACUGUCUCCCAGACAGUCAGACUGCAAUGUGACCCUGAAUGUCUGACAAACACACCUUGUGAUGUGAAACUACUUAAACAAGGACCAUUCAUGAAAGUAUUACAAGUCCGGAAGAAGAACAGCAGUGAGCUGACUAUUGAGUCAGACAGGGUAUCAUCCCAAGUCAAAAGUGGCUACAAUUUGUCAUCCUUCAUGAGCCUCCUGAUGAAGCUGCUCAGUGAGCAGCAAGAAGUAAAGGUUUCCAAACCAGUGUGGGAUGCGGAACAAUGGAAAAAUGAGAGGCCAGGAGUCCAGGGUGAACAGGAAGAGGAGUCAAAUGAGGUCCUAAACGAAUUGCCAGAAUAUGAGGAGAUCAACAAACUCCUCAUCGCAUCACCUGUGAUUGGAGUAACAGUAUUUUAUUUUGUACUUUUCUGUUUCAUUGAGAUUUGUUACGGGAAAGAGGCUAAAAAAGGAAGCUCAAGAGGCUCUCUUGAAGGUCUCCAGCAGGGCACAUCAGGAGAACGCUCGAUGGAGGAGGGCGGGUUCUUCAGCAGGCUGCUGUUUGCGCUCAAGAGUUUGUUUGCAUCUCUCUUUGGCUUCUUUUGGACAACUGAGAAGUCGCAGGAUGAGCUUGUAAAAAUGGAGCAGGGUGAAGCCAUCCCCUCAUCUGCCAAGGCUGAUGCAACAGAGUCUGCUGGAGAGACAGUAGAGGAAAGUGAUGCAUGAAACCACCACUGAGUGAACCCCAUCCCAUCCUCAGGCUUAGCAUUGUUAAUAAAACAUAUUUGAAAUGUAUCAAUUCAUAACCAACUCUAGCCAUGAGGUAAGGAAUUAAAGUGUAAAUAGUUAAGUAUUUAUAUGGAAAUAACGGGCCAUAAGCAAGAAAAGCUGGGCUGAAGCUGAAUACCUGGGGAAGCCAGUACCACCUCAAGUGGCAGUGUGGUCCAACAGGGUGAAGACGGGCUUCUCUCCCUCAGUUCCCCAGUACAGCCAGUCCCUGAGAACUGGAAGACACAUGAAUAUGCUGUUUAUUUGAAAAAAUAAUAAAAAUCCAAAGAAUGAAAUACAAAUUAA